AAACUUUAGAUUUUUACUUUUAUUACAGCUUUAAAUUGAACCGCAAUACAGGGUGAUUUAAAAAGAUUAAUUAUUUAACCUUUAAUCCGUUAAUCACCUAUAACUUAGUAAAAUUUUUCAUUUCAAUUAAGUUUUGAUUGAUUUUUUUAAUAAUGAAACACCACUAUUCCAAAACACGAAGACUAAAAUAGAACGGACAGGAGACAUUUAUUAGUGGAUCGAUUGCUUAAAAAUUUAUUUCCCUACUUUAAUAACGGAUAAAAAAAAAUAUUUUCUUAAUUCGUAUCAGUUGUAGAAAUCUUUUUUAUUUCUUUAACAAGGCGCCAUCUUGUAACAGUUUUUUGACAAUUUCGUGGUCCACCCGGUAUGACAACCUUGACCAACAUUUCAAUUCACUUGAUCGCAUUUGAGUUUAAUUUGCUUAAGAAAAGAAGGAUAAAAAUCGAUUUAUUUCAAUUAAAAUUUCUAUUUUCGAAAUUAAUCAAUAAUUCGAUUAGAGCGCCACCUGACGUUGACUUUUGACAAUUUCAUUGUUUACGUUUGCUUGUCCUUUAUCAAGGUCAUAUGUUAUAUAAUUUCUAUUUUUGCUUUUUAUCUCUUAAAUAUGUUAAAUAAAUGCAGGGUGUGUCUGGGUUUUAGCACCAACAUGAAACAUGUAACACACGAGGAUCCCUUAGCGACAAUGUACACAUCUCUAACGAAUUUUGAGUGGAUUAGGGAUGAAAAAAUCGCGUCUUGUGUGUGCUCCCAAUGCGAGAGCACCCUAGAAAAGUGUUACACUUUUCAGGAAAAAUGUAAAAAAAGUCACGAGAUUUUGCUGAAAGAGAUUGAAGAAAAUUCGGUCAAAUUCAAAGAAGAAGAGUUUGAUAUUGAAGACAAUUGCGACGAGAGUGAGUCCGAAGAGAAGAACAAAUCGCACCUUGAGAAAAUUUCAGUGGAGGAGGUGGAAAAAGUGAUAUUUGAAUACCAGGAAAGACAGAAUGGGGCCACUUUUACAUGCACUGUUUGUAAUUAUGUCUUCAUCUCGCUUAGGGCCCUUUCAGGCCACAUGUCAAUGAAACACAAAGAUGUGCGCGAUAAUUGGUGUCACACUUGUAACCAAAUUGUUGAUAAUUUGGGGGACCACCAAAGUAAUCACAAACCCGUGGUUGAAGUGUGCCCUUUCUGUGAUAAAACAAUUGCAAAAAAAUAUUUCAUAGAACACUUGAAAACACACGCUGGGCUUAGGACGAUUCUGUGCUGUUUUUGCACCAAUAAAUUCACCAGUUAUUCGGCCUUGCAGUGGCAUUACAGCACAAAACACUCCAAAAAUAACGACAUAGCCCUAACGCAGCGAAAAUUUUGUCAAAUAUGUAAUAAAAGGGUCAGGAGCCUCCCAAUACACAACAGUCAACUACACGAAAAAAACGGUACCCUUAAAACCCACAUUUGUUAUUUUUGUACAAAAGAAUUGAAGACUGAAUCAGGGUUGAAAACACACUUGAAACUGCACAAAAAGGACAACCCCCAUAAAUGUCACUUCUGUGGGAAGCCCCACAAAGACAGGGCUACUUUGAUUCAACACGAGCGGACACAUACGGGCGAAAAACCGUUCAUUUGUUCCGUGUGCGGAAAAAGGUUUGCCCAAAACAGUGCUUUAAAUACACACAUGAAGUUGCAUACAGGGCGACCGGAAGUGUGCCAUAUUUGCGAAAAACGGUUUUGUCGGCCUUCGGAACUUAAAUUACAUUUACGGAAACAUGCAGGGGAAAAACCGUUUUUGUGCACCGAGUGUGGUAAAGCAUUCAAGCAGAAGAGCCAUCUGACGGAACAUACGAAUGCUGCACAUAGUGACGUCAGACCCUUUGAGUGUCACUACUGUCACAAAGCGUUUAAAUUAAAAUCGUUGCUAACUUCACAUUUACAAAGACAUUCCGGUUAUAAACCGUUUCAGUGUGAGUCGUGUUCUUAUGCCUGUUUUACACAAUACAGGUUGCAACAACACAUGAAACAACAUAAUAAAGAUGUAAAAAAGGAAUUAGGUCAUGUAUGUCCGGUGUGUGAGAAGGGCUUCAGCAGUCAAGCCAUGUUUAACACACAUGUGACGUCAGCACAUAACGCCAUUUUAUAACAUAAAAGACUUAUUUUUGUAUUAGAAAUAAAAAUUAUAAUAAACAUAAAAAG